AUGCUAAGCUUCGGGGGGUUUUUACAGACUCUCCCCGGCUGGGCUCAAUAUGGUCCGGUCUAUGACUCUCCUCAGAGCUGGUCCAGUGGUAGUACCACUAGGGGUAAAUCAUUCUACCCGCCCGCGGGAGAUGCUUGGGUGGGCUGGCACUGCCGGAUGGGUAUGGGCAGUCGACGUCACUGCACGGUGGGGUGGGACGUGGUAUAUUCCUCCUCCUCAACUACCGAGCUGCGGCAUCAGGGUGCCUUCAGGCCAGGGUGA